AUGGGAGUGAAAGUUGAUAGUCGGCAGCUACACUAUUUGCGCUUUGCUGAUGACAUCGUUCUGAUAACACCUAGCAUCAGUCAAGCGGAACGGAUGCUGACCGAAUUUGACGAAACCUGUGGAUGCAUCGUUCCUCAGCUGAAUCUGCAAAAGACAAUGUUUAUGCGCAACGGAUGGGUCUCGAAUGCCCCAUUCACGCUCAACGGAACGAACAUAUCCGAAUGCACCAGCUACGUUUAUCCGGGUCAGGAAAUGAACAUGAUGAACGACUUGGCAGGAAGCGAUGAGCGGCUUGGGGUGCGUAUAAGAGCAUCAACGAUUUAG